UCGAAAAAAUUUUAUCCCACUUUCCCAUAUUUUCCGUCUCUCUCUCUCUAGAUUCUCUCUCUUGUUUCUCUUUUGAUUUUCAUACUCACAAACACAAUCAUGGCCGUUCCGAAAAUUUCAUCAUCCACUUCCAGAUAAGUGUUUCGCCCUUUGCUUUGAGCUCCUUUUUGUUCAUCAAUGUGGCUCCAUUUUCCGGUCCCACCUAGGGUUCUGUUCUCUCACCUCACUCCCCAAACCCUACUGUUCAAACCCAAUGAACUACACCCAUUCUUUCUCAUUUCUUUAAUCUGAAUCCAAUCCCCAAUUUGCCGAAUUUUUUCAUUGAAAUAUGUCAGGCCCUCCCAGAAUCCGGUCGAUGAAUGUGGCGGAUUCCGACUCCCGGCCGGUUCUUGGGCCUACCGGAAACAAAGCCCGACCUGUCGAGCCCAGAAAACCUGGUGGGAAGCCAUUGAAGAAGCUUGAAAAGCCUCACCAGGAGGCUGAAUCGAAGGACAAGAGGGUGCCAUUGUCGCCGCCUCAAUGCGUCUCGGUGCCAUCGGUUCUGAGGCAGCAGGACCGCCACCAGGCGAUUCUCAAUCUCUCGAUGAAUGCGUCGUGUUCUUCCGAUGCGUCGUCUGAUUCGUUCAAUAGCCGGGCGUCUAGCGCGAGAGGUACGAGGCAGCGCGGUCCCAAUUUGAGGAGAAAGCAAAGUACGGUAAAGAGGGCUGAAAAGGCCGUUGAAAAGGUUGGCGUUGAAAGUGUGGUGGUGGUGGUGGAUACAGUUGCUGGUUUAGAGCCAAAAAAACGAUGUGCUUGGGUAACACCUAAUACAGAUCCAUGUUAUGCUGCUUUUCAUGAUGAAGAGUGGGGAGUACCUGUUCACGAUGACAAAAAAUUGUUUGAACUGCUCUGCCUAUCGGGUGCUUUGGCUGAACUUACAUGGCCUGCUAUCCUUAACAAAAGACAUCUAUUUAGGGAAAUCUUUUUGGACUUUGACCCAAAUGCUGUUUCAAAAUUAAACGAGAAAAAGAUGGUUGCAGCUGGAAGUGCUGCUACCUCUUUACUGUCAGAACUUAAGGUGCGAGCUAUCAUUGAAAAUGGUCGUCAAAUGUGCAAGGUAAUCGAUGAAUUUGGUUCCUUCGACGUGUACAUUUGGAACUUUGUCAACCACAAACCGAUCAUCAGUCAGUUUCGGUACCCACGCCAGGUCCCCGAUAAGACCUCAAAAGCAGAGGUGAUUAGCAAGGAUCUCGUUAAGAGAGGGUUUCGUAGCGUGGGACCGACAGUCAUCUAUACAUUCAUGCAGGUGGCAGGGUUAACCAACGACCAUCUCAUCAGUUGCUUUAGGUUUCCAGAAUGUAUAGAGACAGCAGAGAGAGGAGAAAAGGAUGGUGAAAUCAAGCCUAUUAUUAACGAGAAAAUACCAGAGGCUCUGAAAAACUUGGAACUAUAAAGAAGCCAUGGUCGCCUUUGGACCUUGCCUCAGUGUAAUUAGCUACCAGAGUCCUUUCCUUUUUUUUUCUUCUUUUUUUCUUUUCUUCUGUAAUGGCUUGUAAAUUCCAUGAUGGGAUAUCUGCCACUUCCUCGGAUGAGGUAAAUUCUAGCAAUGUUUUUGUGUAUAAACUGACUCUCAGCUACAGAAGACAGCCUAGAAUCAGUUCUGUUAGUUUACUACUUCAAGCAUGUGGUUGGUUAUUGCAUUUAGAACCAUGAGUUCUUGUUGUUAA